UGUAGUAAAUACGAAGCUAAACUAAAUCGGUAUCUGAGGAAUUUGAAUAUUAUGAAAUUUCGUUUUUAUUAAAUUCUCUCUCUUGAAUUGAAUUUUAAAAUUUGAAGAGUAACACUCCUGCUUUAAUGAUUUUAUUUAUGUUGAUUUGAAUAUAUUUAUUGUUAAAUUUAACUUGUUUUUGACAUAUCAGUUAAUGGACUAAGCAUUUGAACUUGCUUCUUUUGCGAAAUGUUUCUUUUAAAACAGGGCUCAUCAGAACAGAUGAAUUUUGAUACUUGAUCUUAAAUUGAUUAGUUUUAAAGAUUUUAAAAUGCCCUGAUUGUUCAAAAUCUGCAAAAGUUUUUAAAAUCAGAAAUUUAAAAUCAGAUAGAAAAUGGCUGUUGCUGAACAGUGCAAAGAAAUUGAAUUGGGUAUAAAACAUAUGUUAAAGAUAAAAGAUCAUAGUGAUGAAUCACAUGAGGCUACUGAUAAAAAUUCUGAUUCAAAUUAUAAUCCUGGCAUUGAACUACAGGGAAAAAUUGAUAAAAAAUCCAAUUCAAACCAUAAUCCUUUUUCUAUAGAUGGCAGGUGUUUUGUAUCAGAUAUUGAAAAAUUGUCCUUAUUUCCACAAAAUCCGUCUUUCGCAGAAAGGACAUCUGUAGAUAACUCAGUAGAUAAUGCCAGUGCUAGUGAUUUGAUUGAUUUAAAUGUCUUAAAAGAUUUUGCUGCAAGGCAUAUAACAUCUGAUACAUCUUUUAGUUCUUCAGACAUGGUGCUUAACAGUAAUGAUACAAAGUUACCUCAUCCUGAUUUAGAAGAUGAUUAUAAUCUUGAAAUAAAAAAUGGUGAGCAACCGAACAUUUUAAAUUUCCUGAAUACUGUUGCGAAAGAAAUUGAAAGUUCUCCCCAUUUUUUAAGCAUGCCUGAAAAUCCCUUGCCACAAAUAUCGGAAAGAUCCCAAGAACUCAUAGUGGGUCAGUCAUUUAAUAGUGAUAAAACAUCUGUUGAUUCCAAACCAAAAGAUGGAAAUGAUAUGAAAAAUGACCCAAAAAAGAAAAAGCUUACCAGGCGCCAAAUGAAGGAACUGAAGAAGAAAGAGACGAAAGAAAGAAUGGAUGGCUUGUUUAUAAAGAAAUCAGAAACAGUAAAAAAGCAAGAGACUAAUGAAGACGGUUCUGAUAAAAGUCCUGUUGAAUCAAAUGAUAUUAAAGCAAUUGAAAAGAAACCUGUGGAACCUUCUGAUAAAUUCCCAGAUAUCAAAUUAAAGAAAAACGCCCUAGCGUCAGUAGGAAAAGAAUAUUCCCUGAUGGUUCAAGAUAUGUCUUUAAAAUUUCUCUGCCAUAUCUGUAAUCACAGUGCAGAAAAGGAAGAGAAUAUUAAAAAGCACCUAUCUUCAAAAGCUCACAUGUCACUUAAAUGGCAAAAUGAUCUGGAUAUGAUAUUACCUUUUCUACCUGAACCAUUACCUUGUCAAGUAGAGGCCCUAAAUGAUCUAUUGAUAGAUAUAGCUGCAAAAUUUGGUUUGAAAAAAGAAGAUAUGGAUAUCAGAAGUUCCAUGUGCUUGAAAUUGAAUCAAUUUAUUGAGACCCAUUUACCAACUUGCUCUGUGAGUCUUGUUGGAUCCUCUAUGUCUGGUUUUGGAUUAAAGGAUAGCGAAGUUGAUUACAUCCUACAAGUUGUUGAUGAAGAAAAUAUUCCAGAUUGCUUAGAAAAUUUGUAUAAUCUAUUGCUAUCAGAUAAGGCAUAUAAGAAAGUUGAAAGUGAUUUUAAAAAGAAAAGGCCUUGUAUCAAAUAUAUUGAUGUUGAAAAUUCAUUGCUUUGUCAUGUGCUUAUUGAAAGUGGCUCAUCUACAAAAUUAGCAAAGUUACUAUCAUUUUAUUUCCAAUUAGAUCAGCGUGUUCCAACAUUAGGAAUAGCUUUGCGUUAUUGGGCAAAACUUUGUAAGAUAGACCAGCAAAACCGUGGAACACUUCCAUCAUGCUGUUUUCCUUUAUUCCUGAUACAUUUCUUACAACAAGUGCAGCCUCCUGUUUUACCUGUCUUGCACGAGAUUGAAGGUUUUGGUCCUUCUGAAUUCUUUGAAAAAUUCAGUUUGGAAAAUAAUUGGAAAAGUGAAAAUACUGACUCAAUUGGGGAAUUGUGGUUGAAAUUUUUUCACUUCUAUAGUUUUGAUUAUAAAGUGGGGCAGCAUGUUGUUUGCAUUCGAAGUUCUAAGCGAGUUACAUGCAAGGAUCGAAAUUGGUCCACAAGAUUCUUUGCUGUUGAAGAGCCCUAUACUAGAAGAAAUUUAGCCUAUGUUAUCCCAACAUUUCCUGUUUGCCAGUAUAUACACCAGUGCUUCAUCAAGACUUAUCGCUACUUUGCUUUUCCACGGUCGAAGUCCAAAUCAAUUGAAUUAAUUAAAAAUGAAUCCUUUGAUGCACUGACAAUGUCUGAAUAUGCUGUGACCGAGCCUGAUUUGAAAGACUUGGAAGAAUCUGAAGAAUCAGAAAAUGAAGAUUCUGAUCAGCUGGUUGAUAAUCCAGAAUUAGAAGAUCAUGAUCCAGAAAUUUCUGUUGACAGUUUUGUAUCAACCAUGAAAAAAAUUUCUCUAAACAAUGAAGACGAUGCUGAUGAAACUAUCACUUCAUCAGAAAAAUCUUCUGACAUUGUUUUAUCCACUACUGAUAUUAGCUCAUCACCCAAGAAAUCAACUGACAAGUCUACUAAAGAAAAUCAAACCAAGCAUACUUUAAAACCUAAUUCUCAAUCUGUAGGCUAUUGGGAUACAAAAGGCAAAGAAAUAACCAAAGAAAUGUUUCAUUAUGAAUUCAGAGCAGUGACAUUUAAGGGUGAAAGAGAUGUUCCAUUGCAAUGUAAAUUGUGCAAGGGUUCAGGCCACCUGAAGAAGGAUUGUCCUAAUGAUGACUUACCUAUACCAAUUUCAUUGCCAUCAAUGACCCCUGAAUUUCUGAACCUUAUUGAUGAAGUUUUACAUAAUGUAAAAGAUGAAAAUGCAGUCAGUAAAUCGGAAUUGGAUAGUAUUGAUUCAGACAUGCGUGACAUACAGAAGUACAUUAGAGAAGUAUUUCCUGAUGCUACACUGCAAUUAUUUGGGUCAUUUUGUAAUGGUUUUGGAUUUAAAAACAAGAGUGACAUGGAUUUCUGUCUUACCUUUGGAGAUCGUAAUGAUAGCAAGAACCUGGAUAGUAUUUUAAUCAUAGAAAAGAUUGCUGAAGUAUUACGUAAACACCCUCAACUUGAAAAUAUUUUACCUAUUACUAGUGCUAAAGUUCCAAUAGUAAAGUUUUCUUGGCGUACGACUAGACUAGAAGGCGAUAUUAGCCUUUACAACACACUGGCUCUUGUUAAUACAGAAAUGUUGGAAGCAUAUACCAAAAUUGAUCCAAGAGUUCAAGUUUUAGGCUAUGCUUUAAAACACUUUGCCAAGGUUCUUGGUAUAUGUGAUGCAUCCCGUGGAAGUUUGUCUUCCUAUGCUUAUAUUUUAAUGGUUUUAUAUUUCUUGCAACAGCGAAAUCCACCUGUUAUUCCAGUUUUACAAGAAUUAUACAGAGAUGAAAAACCAUCAGAGUUAGUUGAUGAAAAAUGGAAUGUAUACUUUUUUAGAGACCUUGACAAAUUGACCGAUGUUUGGCCGGAUUAUGGAAAAAAUAAAGAAAGUGUUGGAGAAUUAUGGCUUGGUUUAUUAUCUUUUUACACUUGUGAUUUUAACUGGAAAGAGUAUGUCAUAUCAAUCAGACAGAAGAAACCUCUUUUACGUUUUAAAAAAUUAUGGAAUACUGAUCAAUUGGCCAUAGAAGAUCCUUUUGAUUUGGACCAUAAUCUAGGGGCAGGUUUAAGUAGAAAAAUGAAUUCAUAUAUUUUAAAAGCCUUUAUGAAAGCUCGUGAACGCUUUGGCUGUCCCAUUCCUAUUGAAAAGUUGAAAUAUGGACAAGCUUAUUUGUUCAACAGACAGUUUUUGAAUUCGGGUGUUGAACCACCUCAGGAUAGAGGAUGUGGCAACUGUGGAAAAAUUGGUCACAUUGCACGGAAUUGCCCUCAUGAAAAAAUAUGUUCAUAUUGUAGAAAGCCUGGACAUUUAAUUAAAAACUGUCCAAGGAAAAAACAUAAGAAGUCAAGGGAGAGAGAUCAAAAUCGGGCUUAUGACAAAGCAAACACUGAGAGGAAAGGUAGCAAUGAUAGACGAAAUUCAAGAGCAAAAAAUGAUUACCAUACAAUGCCAUUUCAAGGAAUGCAACAACAAGGAAUGCCUUCUAGAAACGAUUUAUUUGAGGUACAAAAGUUAGCCCAAAUGGGAAUACCUGCUCACCGGUUGGUUCCUCCUGGUUUCCAAGCUCGAAAUAUCAUCCCUAAACCACCCCCUGGUUUCAACGCUACUCCAAUGCCACAACCACCUAUUAACUAUCCACCUCCAUUCAUUAACAAGCAUCCAUCUGCCACACCACCUUUUCCAAGGGGUGGCAAACAGAAUGAUCUGCAUGCUCAUAGUCCACCAAAAUUAUUCAGUUCAUCCCCACCAAAAAAUUUCCCACCAAAUAAAAAUGCCUUUCAUCAUGUGCAGGAGCCACCUUGGCCUGCAGGUAGGCAAGGUUUUCAAGUUGAUAGGCAUCUGAAUCCUCAACUUUCAAGGAGCUUGCCAUCACAUCCUCUACAUCCAGGUCAUAGAAAUAUGCAAGUUGAAAGACAUCAUGUACCUCAUGGUCCAAGGAAUUUCAAUCCAUCCUGGCAAAACAGACCUUUUCCUCCAAAAGAUCAUAUGCCCCAUCCCAAUCAGCCUCAUAAUUUGGAUCACAGGUUGAAUAGGACCAACUCUGAUAAUUCAUACAAUUCCAAUCACGGAGAUAGAUGGUAGUAUCAUGAAAAGACCAGCAAUUUUUUUAAUCAUUGGAACCUCAUAUUGAUAGAUUUUUAAAAGAAGAUGGAGACUGCACAAGCAUUAAAUAACAGUUGAUGUAAACUUGUAUGUAUGUAACGAGCGUAAAGAAAUGCGCUUUCAUUUGUGAUUUCCAUUCUUUAUUAUUUUUUUCUUUUUUUUUAAACAAUGAACUGAAAGCAGCUGUUGCUCAAUCAAAAGCAUCUAGAUUUGAACUUUGUUAUUUUUUAUGAUGACGAGGUUAAUUUUAUUUUAUUGCACAAUAUUUCUCGUGUGAGGAAUUGUUGACAAUUUUUAAGUUAUUUCAUUUUGAAGGGUUAUACAGUUGUAAACUCUGCUCAAUUAUUUUGGUUGAGAUGGUUUAUUUUUGUUAAGAGGGGAAAAAGUUAUUUUUCAAAUUAAUCCUAUGUUAUUAGAUUAGUUUUUAAGAGGAUGAAUUAUGCCAUACAACUUCAUUAAAUAUAAUAAUGCAAUGGAUAUGUGCAAUUCAUUAAUUGGAAAGUUAGCAUGGAUUACGCUAAAAGAACUGAAUUGCUUUAAGUGGUUGCAUUAUGCAUUUGAUAAAAUGUAUAUGUGAAAGUUGUAAAGGAUUACUUGAUUGUAUUUAGUAUUUCUUUUUUAUUUUACUUCUAAAACCUGACACAUGAAAUGAUAUGAAUUAAAAUAUAAAUGCAAUUUUUAUAUAAAUCUAAAAAUAGGUAUAUGUAUAUUAAUUAAAUUUUCAGAAAUUUUAUUUGCAUUUGUAUAAAAUUUUAUUACAGUUGUCAGUGAAAAUAUCUCCAAAUUUUCUU